AUGGCCGAAGCGGUUCUGAGCUACGUCGUGAAACGGGUCGGCGACGUCCUCAUCGAUGAAGCAGUCUUCUUGCACGAAGUGAAAGACCAGGUGGAGUGGAUCAUGGACGAGCUCCGAGCGAUGGAGUGCUUCCUGAAAGACGCCGACGCGAGGAGCAAGGGGGACGAAAGGGUGAAGAACUGGGUGAGGGAUGUAAGGGAAAUCGCUUAUCGGGCGGAGGACCUCGUGGAGUCCUUCGUCCUGGAUGCCCAGCGGAGGCGACUACGGCUCAAGGGCUUCAUCCGGACCACUGUUUGCUGCCUUCCCCUCCGCUGCGACCUUAUCGUCCUCCAUCAAUUCGGUUUGGAGAUCGAGGCCAUAAAGGUUAAAAUUCGCGAAAUCAUUGACCGAAGAAACACCUACGGAAUCCAGAACCUGGGCGGAGAGGCGAGGCAAGUCGAUGAGAAAGUUCGGGAACGCAGGAGGGUCGUUCUCCAUGCUGCAAAUGCUGAUCUGGUCGGCAUGGAUAAGGAGAAGAACAGGAUCCUCGAGCAUCUGUUGGACGAGAGCAGGAAGAAGCGUUCGGUGAUAUCCAUUGUGGGGAUGGGCGGCCUCGGGAAGACUACUCUUGCUAAACGAGUCUUCAAUGAAGCAAGAGCCAAGUUCAGUCACUCGAUGUGGAUCGUCGUCUCCCAACAGUACUCAGCUAUGGAUCUCCUUCGAGACUUUCUUCGGCAGGUCACGGAGCUUGGAAACGAGGAACUCGACAAAAUGGAGAGGGCCAGGCGUGAGGAGAUGCUUUACCAGACUAUCCGGAUGAAGAAAUACUUGAUCGUUAUGGACGACCUGUGGGACAAGGAGGUUUGGAGAAUCCUCAGUCCGCAUCUCCCAGACGACGAGAACGGAAGCCGGGUGCUGAUCACCACCCGCUCCAUCGACGUUGCCAGAGCUGCGGACCCAUCUACCCAUCUCUACGAGCUGCGGUUUCUAACCCAGGAGGAGAGCUGGGAGCUCCUCUCCAAGAAGGCGUUCCCGAAUCUUGAUGAUAUCGAAACAGUCUGUUCAGAAUCGUUGAGGGAAGUCGGGAAACAGAUCGCCAGGAAAUGCGAGGGCCUGCCUCUGGCGCUGGUGGUGCUCGGUGGUCUUCUGUCGACGAAAGGUCCGUCACUCCGGGAGUGGAGGAGACUCGCGGAGACCAUCGUCUGGGAAAACAUCGAAGAUGGCCGUCUGUGCUUGGAUAUACUGGGGCUGAGCUACGCCGACUUGCCCCAUCACCUGAGGUGGUGUUUCCUUUAUUUCAGUUCCCUUCCAGAGGACUUCGAGAUUGAAGUGGACAAGCUGAUCCGAUUGUGGAUCGCUGAGGGCUUCGUCGAGCAAAGAGAGCGAGAAACACUCGAGGAAACAGCAGAGUUUUACCUGGAGGAGCUUGCCCGGCGGUGCAUGGUGAUAGUUCUGAAACCUGAAUACGACAACCACAUCUUCAGACAUAAGGCAAAAUGUUCACAAAACUGCCGGAUCCAUGAUCUGCUGCACGAUUUUACAGUUGCAGAGGCAAAGGAGGCGGGUUUCCUCGUUUGCCACCGGUUCCCAGACAACCGAGACGCCUCCAGAUUGGAUUCCUCUGUGCGGCGCCUUUCUCUUCACGGGGGGGGGGAAGGAACGGUGGACUACGUCUCCCAAUUAAACUCCACACGAAGAGUGCGGACUUUAUUGUGGUUCAAUGCCCACUGGAGGCAGGUUAUAAGCUUUCCCUUUCCAGAGCUGAAACUCCUCAGAGUCAUCGAUCUAGAGGGGGCACGACUCGCCGUACUGCCAGAACAAGUUGGAAACCUGAUCCAUCUUCGAUUCUUGGGCUUGAGAUGGACAAGGAUAAGGAGUCUUCCAUCUUCAGUGGGGAAACUUCGUCAUUUACAGUGCUUGGACUUGUUGUUCACGCCGAUCGAGACGAUACCGAGAGCUGUGUGGAAGAUCGAAGCCUUACGUCACGUCCACGUUCCCCCAGAAGUGGAGCCGGAGAUAAUCGACGCAGGCUUAAGAAACUUGCAGGUGCUCAAGGUCGUCCGGGUCGGGAGCUGGAUAGAUAGCUGCCUAAGGUCCCUGACCAGUCUCCGGGAGCUGCAACUAACUGGCAUCGAAGGCUGUCAUCAUCGCGCGCUGUCGUCUUCGCUACCGAAGUUGAUCCGCCUCAAGAAGUUGAGCUUGGCUGGCUGGUCAAUCCCAGCCUGUCUAUGGACACCGUCCAGCUUUUUUUCCCUUGAAGUCUUAUGGCUGGAAGGGACAGUGGCAAGGCCACAGCAAUCAAGUUCUGCCGGCGACCAGUGGCCCCCCAAUCUCAUGGAAAUCUCACUAAUUGGCACUAGGCUGGGUCAAAACUUGAUAGGGGCCCUCGAGAACCUCCCUGAGCUCACAUAUCUGUUGCUUGGUUCUCAGUCCUACAGAGGAAACGAGAUAAUCUGCUCCCCUGGCGGGUUCUCGAAGCUGCAGUGCCUCGUACUGUAUUCAUUGGAGGAGUUAGAGAGGUGGGUGGCUGAGGCUGGUGCCACGCCCCGCCUGAGGAGCAUGAAGAUCUACAGCUGCAUGAAGUUGGCCAUGCCAGAAGGGUUGCAAUACAUGACUGCUUUGAAGGACCUCACUCUGUGGGAUAUGCCCCUUGAAUUCUGUUCUAGAGCUCGGAAAGAGGGAGAGGACUGGCACAAAAUCCGGCACAUACCUUCCAUCACUAUUUCAGUAUUUGGAGAAUCGUCCUCGCGGAAUUUCUGA